GGUGUUUUCACUUUGAGUGUCAUAAGGAUAUUGCCACAAACCUACUGUCAACACAGGAUUUCUAUCAACGGGUUAUAACGAAUCAUCUUUCUAACCUAUAGCCCUAUGGCUCCCCGAUGUAACCAGAUCCCCAAACUCCGCUCCAACGCCCCCCGUAACAUUGCAGAAUAUGGCACUCAUCCCAGACAAAGGCUGCCGGGUAUAGUAUAGUCCCUUAAACCACGGCCUAUCGCCGAUAUUAAGCAAUGGGCCUAUGCUCCCUCUUCAUGGCAAGCUCUCCGUUAAGACACCAUUGUCCGUUUGGCUGUCUUCUCCAUAAGAGGAGUUUUCCAUCAUCGCCAGUCGUCCCCAGCAUCUGGCCAUCAUCGUCAAAUUGACAGCGCCAGACAGGGCCAUGGUGGCCGUCGAGUUUCGUCAUUUCCUUCACCACAUGCGGAACUUGACCAGCCAGAGAUACUCCCCCAGACUGCCUAUUGCCACCAGGACCAGACCUCACAGUAGCCAGGCCAGCACCGAUACCCGAUGGACCAUUCUUCAGCUCAUCACUCAUCCGUGAAGGAUUACCUCCCUUAUUAGAAGGAUAGGCCCCGUACGGCGCAUCUGUCGCCUCUUGUCCAUCCUUCGGCGGUGUCCGCACCUCAAACACCCGUACUAUCCCGUCCUUACACACAGUGGCGCAAAUAUCAUAGCCCCUGAUACUGCCAGCCGCCCAAGCAACAUCCCUCACCAAGCUCUUAUGAUCCGGCAAGUCCGCUGCGCGAUAAAACUCCCUGCUGCUGCCUGACCCCAAGCUCACAUCAUGGGAGAUCAUCUUCGUGCGCCAGAUCCUGGCUGUGUUCAUACCAGCGACAAUAAGCGAUAAGGAGUCCCGCGGAACACCCUCGCGGAUGGCAUUGUAUGACGGCUCGAGAUUGGGGUCGAAGGAGACUUUGAAUGCCACCUCUUCGCCUCUGGAGGGCUUUUUGCAGACGAGGAAUUGAUCGAUCUGUGUCCAACUAGUCAUAUUUUCAGGCUCGUCAUUCUCGUAGACUGUCAACAGGGCGUCGCGAUCGAGCAAUGCUAGGAAUGUAUGGCGUAGCUCCGGGUUGUGUUUGAUAUCGAAAGAGAGGAAUGGCGCUCUCGACGCAGAUCGCAAUUCGUAGAUUGGGCGAUUUGCCUUUGAGUUGAAUCGCCUCCCAUUAAGAGGGGGGAUGGUAGGAUCCUCCGCCCAGAGCCUGAACUUCCCAUCCGUCGAUAUCGACCCCAGCAUAUUCGGAUGUAUAGUCGGCGGCAGCCAAUGCAACUACACAUCACAUCACCAUCAGUCACCUCCCCAUCUCCCAGCAUGCAUGCAUUUACUCACCUCCAAAACCUCCGCAUUAUGCGCCGCCCACGUAUCACACAGUCCCCAACCCCCAUUCCUCAGCCGAUCAAACACCUUGAUCUUCCCAUCCGCCGAGCCCAGGGCAAACCGCGUGCCGUAGCUGUUAAAUGCCGACGCCUCAACCAUAUCCUUGUGUCCGUGCUGCUGUAUCGAGAAGCCCGUAGACUCGCCGAAUAAAUCUUCCUCCAUCGCUGCUGCUGCUUCAUUUGCGCCUGGGUGCGCCGGGGCGCGGAGUGAGUUGCGCAAUAAGGUUACGCCACUCGCGUGACGUGAGUGGGUGUCGUAACUUAGUGGAGGCUCAAGUCUGCCGAUAGCGCGCGAGGCUGAACGAUGGGUCCAAUCCGGCCGCGUCCACGCGACGAGGCUGAGAAAGCCACGUCGUCGGCGAAAUAAGCUGGGACAUUAUCACAUCGCAUAUCCCAAUCGACGGCAGAGCAAAAGAAGAGAGUCGCAUCACCUGUCUGCUGCAGCAUACAAUGCGCCACUAGCCAGCAGCAAUGACACCCUCAACCCUCUCCCUCCCCGAACAACUCUCCCUCCUCUCCCUCUUCCUCGCCUCCAUCGCCAUCGUCGCCAACACCUUCCACGGCGAUGGCGAGCCGCUCAUCGCCUCCCUCGCCUUCAGCGGGAUGGCCUUCAGCGCCACCUACGCCAUGAUCCGGUGGCUCGGGCCAACCUUCAUGAAAGCGGGCUUGAAGGGGAAGGAUCUGAGUAAAGUAAACAAGAAGGAGAUCCCGGAGACGAUGGGCGCGGUGUGCGCGGUGGUGUAUCUGCUGGUUGCGAUUGUGUUUAUCCCGUUCCCGUUUUAUAAGGAUAUCGUGGCGGCGACGUCGGGGGGGGGGAAUAGGGAUGUGGUGGUGGAGGUUGUGAAUAUUGAUACGGGGAGAUUCCUUCACCGAUUCCCUCAUAACAAGCUCGCAUCCUACCUCUCCGCAAUCCUCUCCCUCCAAUCCGUCGUCAUCCUCGGCAUCGGUGACGACCUCUUCGACAUCCGCUGGCGCCACAAAUUCUUCAUCCCCGCCUUCGCCUCCAUCCCCAUCCUCAUCGUCUACUUCGUCGAUUUCGGGGUAACCCACGUCGUCGUCCCCACCCCUCUCCGCCCCUACCUCGGCGACCUCCUCAAUCUAGGAUGGGCGUACUACCUCUACAUGGCCGCGAUCGCCAUCUUCGCGCCAAACAGCAUUAACAUCCUCGCUGGGAUAAACGGGAUUGAAGUUUCCCAAUCCCUCGUCAUCGCCUUCCUCCUCGCCUUGAACGAUAUACUCUACCUCCUCCCGCCGUCCCCGCCACUGCAUCCAGCGACGGACUCGCAUUUACUGUCGCUCUACCUCCUCCUCCCCUUCAUCGGCGUGUCGCUAGCGCUGUGGACGCAGAAUAGGUUCCCCGCUAAGGUGUUCGUGGGGGAUACGUACUGUUAUUUCGCUGGGACGGUGUUUGCUGCCUGUGCGAUCUUGGGGCAUUUCUCGAAGACGCUGUUGUUGUUGCUGCUGCCGCAGAUUGCAAAUUUCGUGUACUCGGCGCCCCAGCUGUUUAGGCUUAUCGCGUGUCCACGACAUCGACUUCCGCGGUUCAAUGCGCGUUCAGGACUGCUUGAACCGUCGGUGACGCUGUGGACGCGGGAACCUAACCAGUUGCAAUCCCUCCUGAUUUCGGUGUUGGAACGUGUAGGAUGCCUGGGAGUCACCCGCGACGAAGACGGGAAGGUGACAGAAACAACCAACAUGACGAUCCUCAACCUCUGGCUCGUGUGGAGGGGUCCGUUGAGGGAGGAUAGGUUGUUGAAUGAGAUUGUGUGUAUGCAGGUGCUGGUUGGGUUGGCGGGGUUGUUUGUGAGGCAUAAGGCGGCGUUGUUGAUUUUUACGGCGGAUAAUUUGUAGAAAAGGAAGGGGGGGGGGGUGUAUGUUAUAGAAAUGGGUAAGAGGGG